AUGCUCCUUUCGCUGACUGGCGGGCUCCUGGUGGGCCUGGCUGUAGUUCAGCGAUGUUUUGUUGUUGCUGAAGGAGAGACAAAGCUUCACGAAAAAGGCAGAUGCGCCAUCCGUGGCCAUUGUGGGAAGAAGUCCUUCUUUGGCGGAGAGUUGCCAUGUGCAGACAAUGGUCUUGCAAAGGAACCGGAACAGAAGGUCCGUGACAAGCUGGUAGCGCUUUGCGGUCGCAAGUGGGAGAAUGGACCAGUUUGCUGUGAAGAUGACCAAGUGAGCAUGAUCCUGGCCCGGCUGUCUCAAAGCAUUCUUACUGACUCUAACGUGCCCAAGAUCGAUGCCCUAUCCAGCAGUCUAAAGCUUGCCCAGGGCAUUAUUGCAUCAUGUCCUGCUUGCAAAGAGAAUUUUUUCAACCUCUUCUGCACGUUUACCUGCUCCCCGGACCAGUCGCUAUUUAUCAACGUUACUGAGAUUGAAGAAGUCCGGGGAAGGUUGCUGGUUACGGAGUUGGAGAACGUCUGGUCGGAAAGAUACCAGAGUGGAUUUUACAAUAGCUGUAAAGAUGUUAAAAAUGGUGCCUCCGGGGGGAAAGCAAUGGAUUUCAUUGGAGGCGGAGCUAAGAACUAUACCCAAUUCUUGAAAUUCUUGGGAGAUAAGAAGCUGCUAGGCAGUCCGUUCCAGAUUAAUUUUCUCACCAAACCAAAAGGUUCAAUUGACCAGGGAAUGCGGGCACUUCCCGAAAUCAUCAAAUCUUGCAACGACACAGAUGGCGCAUUUCGGUGCUCGUGUAUUGACUGCCCGGUAGUUUGCCCUGAAUUACCAGCCUUGGCCUCUGAAAGCCCGUGCCACAUUGGCUAUUUACCCUGCUUUUCAUUUGCAGUAAUUUUGACAUACUCCGUGGGGCUUCUUAUCUUCCUCUCCGGAAUUUUGUGCCAGAUUGCAUUUCGGAAACACCGAGAAAGGAAAAUCGAGAGAGUACGGUUAUUACAAGACGCCAGCCCUAGUGAUGAGGAGGACGAGGGGGAUAUCAUUGAGAACGCCGGGUGUCUUACUCGCCCGACCAGAACCUAUCAACUUGAUUCAAUUCUGGAUAGGGUGUUUAAUCGCUUGGGGCGGUUUUGCGCCCGAUUCCCUGCCUUCACUAUAACUACAAGCCUUAUUGUUAUUGGCAUCCUUAGUUUCGGAUGGCUGAGUUUUUCAGUCGAGCAAGAUCCAGUCAAACUUUGGGUAAGCCCCACGUCAGCAGCAGCCCGCGAAAAGGCGUUUUUUGAUGCGAACUUUGGACCAUUUUAUCGGGCAGAACAAGCCUUCCUUGUAAACGACACACAUCCUAAUGGGCCUGGACCUGUUCUAAGCUACGAAACGCUGAGCUGGUGGUUUGAUGUCGAAAAUAGGGUGAAGCGAAUGAUAUCUUUAAACAAGGGUCUCACCCUUGAUAAUAUCUGUUUCAAUCCCACAGGCAAGGCUUGUGUCAUCCAAUCUAUUACAGGCUAUUUCGGGGGGUCUUUUAGCAAUGUUGAUGCCGACAACUGGCAAAAGCAAUUGAGGCAUUGUACCGAAUCUCCUGGAUCUAGUGACUGCCUUCCCGAUUUCCAGCAACCAUUGAGUCCACAUAUGGUUCUUGGCGGCUUUGAAGAUACUGGAGAUGUUCUUGAUGCCAGAGCGUUAAUUGUAACCUGGGUUGUUAACAAUGGUAAUCCAGGAACCAAGGUGGAGGCGAAUGCAAUUGACUGGGAACUCAGUCUCCAACGCGUACUUCAGGUCGUUCAGGAGGAGGCUAUUGAGCGCGGAUUACGAGUUUCUUUCAAUGCUGAAAUUAGUCUCGAACAAGAAUUGAACAAAACGACAAAUACGGAUGCCAGGAUUGUCGUUAUAAGCUACUUGAUUAUGUUUAUCUAUGCAUCAUUGGCUCUCAGUUCAACCACUAUCACUUGGAAGUCCAUAUUCAGGAAUCCAGCCAACACUUUGGUACAAUCAAAAUUUUCUCUUGGAAUUGUCGGCAUCCUGAUUGUCUUGAUGUCGGUGUCUGCAUCAGUUGGUUUGUUCGCCGCGCUAGGUGUCAAGGUCACCUUAAUCAUCGCUGAAGUGAUACCAUUUCUCGUACUCGCUGUCGGUGUUGAUAAUAUCUUCCUAAUCGUUCAUGAGUUCGAGAGAGUCAAUCUCAGCCAUCCGGACGAAGAGCUCGAUCAACGCAUUGCCAGAGCACUGGGAAGGAUGGGGCCUAGCAUUCUUUUGUCCGCGAGCACAGAAACCAUCGCGUUUUCAAUGGGUGUAUUUGUCGGAAUGCCCGCUGUGAAGAACUUUGCCGUCUAUGCCGCGGGUGCAGUUUUAAUCAACGCACUAUUACAAAUUACCAUGUUUAUCUCGCUUCUAUCUCUAAAUCAAAAACGCGUCGAGAGCCUUCGCGUCGAUUGUUUCCCUUGCUUGACGGUUAGAAAAACUACAGUAGGGCCAAUCCCUGGCGACCAACCAUUCGACCAUGAAGAAGAAGGGAUCAUACAAUUAUUCAUUCGGAAGAUCUAUGCGCCUGGGCUGUUGACGCGGAAAUCUAGGUUUCUGGUCUUAUUUGUGUUCUCUUGUCUCUUCGCAGCCGGACUAGCAUUGCUACCCACCCUCCAGCUUGGGCUUGACCAGCGCAUUGCCAUACCUAGUGACUCCUAUUUGAUUCAAUAUUUCAAUGACCUAUACGAUUAUUUUGGUGCUGGGCCUCCGGUUUAUUUUGUGACCAGAGAUGUCAAUGUGACGGCAAGAUAUCAUCAGCAGCAACUGUGUGGACGAUUUUCGACAUGUGAUGAAUACUCUCUGGGGUUUGUUCUAGAACAGGAAUCUAAGCGUCCCACUGUAUCUUACAUCUCUGGAUCGGCCGCUAGUUGGAUUGACGACUUUUUCUACUGGUUAAACCCCCAAAAAGAUUGUUGCGUUGAGGAUGGAAAGACAUGUUUCGAAGAUAGACAACCCCCGUGGAAUAUUUCCCUAUUUGGCAUGCCGGAAGGCCAGGAAUUCGUGCGCUAUGCCAAUAUGUGGGUUCAAUCUCCAACCACGGCAUCCUGCCCGUUGGGGGGGAAAGCCCCAUAUAGCAAUGCUUUGGUCAUUGACUCUAAACAUGUCACGACUACCGCUACCCACUUCCGUGCUUCGCAUACCGCUCUUCGUAGCCAGGCUGAUUUCAUAAACGCCUAUGCUUCUGCCCGCCGGAUCGCCAACGACAUUUCUACAAGACAUAACAUUGAUGUUUUCCCAUAUUCUAAAUUUUAUAUAUUCUUCGACCAAUACGCUUCCAUCAUUCGCCUUACAGCGACGCUUCUUGGGUCGGCUAUGGCUAUCAUCUUUAUCCUGACUGCGCUGUUAUUGGGGUCCUUGGCCACUGCGGCUGUUGUGACCCUUACGGUCAUUAUGAUGGUUGUCGACAUCAUGGGCACCAUGGCUAUCGUAGGAGUAUCGCUAAAUGCGGUUUCUGUCGUCAACCUUAUCAUCUGUGUUGGGAUUGGUAUCGAAUUCUGUGCACACAUUGCACGGGCUUUCAUGUUCCCGUCCGCCUUGCUCCUUGACAAAGCUAAGGGGAAAUUCCGACAACGGACUGCGCGAGCCUGGGUUGCCUUGGUCAAUGUCGGUGGAAGUGUUUUCAGUGGUAUCACACUGACAAAGCUCGUUGGAGUGUGUGUUCUCGCGUUCACAAGAAGCAAGAUUUUUGAAAUUUAUUACUUUCGUGUCUGGCUGACACUGAUCAUAUUUGCCGCGACUCAUGGCCUUAUUUUCCUUCCCGUGGCUCUGAGCUUUUUUGGUGGAGAAGGUUAUAUUGACCCUGAAUCCGAUGGCAGUCUCGAGGAAGACCUAGCUGCGCGGAGAUAUCGCUCCUUGCUACCAGAUAAUGACUACGAUUCUGACGAUUACUAA